CCCAGCCUAUUUAAAACAUUGGUGUUAUUGUAGCUCGGUCUUCAGAGGCCGUCUGUAAAUGAGCGCUCAGUUUUGUGCCAAUGGGAGGUUAUGAGGAUGAACCACGGCUGAGAUGUGUUGACUCGACAGGCACAUGUGCACCCGUGGUGCUGAAGGAACAGCUCAGUGAGCCCCGUCGCAAUGAAACAGUCCUCAGUCCUCAAAGUUUGCGGCUCGCUUCAUUCGCUCUGACCAUGAAGAGACAGAACAUCAGGACCCUCGUGUUGAUCACCUGCACUUUCACUUAUCUGCUCGUCGGAGCGGCUGUUUUUGACGCUUUAGAGUCCAAGAUGGAGAUCACCCAAAAGAAGGUCCUGGACGAUCGGAAGCGAGAGCUGAUGGUCAAGUACAACCUGAGCAAAGGGAAUUUCGACGAGCUGGAGCGGGUCGUGCUGCAGCUGAAGCCGCACAAGGCUGGGGUCCAGUGGAGGUUCGCCGGCUCCUUUUACUUCGCCAUCACGGUCAUCACCACCAUAGGAUAUGGUCAUGCGGCCCCCAGCACGGAUGGUGGGAAGGUGUUCUGCAUGUUCUACGCCCUCCUGGGGAUCCCCCUCACCCUGGUGAUGUUCCAGAGUCUGGGAGAACGCAUCAACACCUUCGUCAAGUACCUGUUGCACCGUCUCAAAAAGUGUCUAGGCCUUCGGAACACCGAGGUCUCGAUGGCCAACAUGGUGUGCAUUGGCUUAAUAUCCUGCAUGAGCACCUUGUGCGUAGGAGCAGCAGCUUUCUCCCGCUAUGAGGACUGGAGCUUCUUCCAUGCGUAUUAUUACUGCUUCAUAACCCUCACCACCAUUGGUUUUGGGGACUAUGUAGCCCUGCAGAAGGAUAAUGCGUUACAAACCAACCCCCAGUACGUCGCGUUUAGCUUCAUGUACAUCCUCACAGGACUCACGGUCAUCGGCGCCUUCCUGAACCUGGUGGUUCUGCGUUUCAUGACCAUGAACGCCGAGGAUGAACGGCGCGAUGCCGAACAGCGCACAUUGCUGUGCCGAAACAAACAGAGCGGCGGAGCCGCAACCAACCACUGCAUGUCCGACCCGCCGUCUUCAUCCACUGCGGGCCACAGAGGAGGGUCUGGGAAAGGGUUGUGUAACGUCUACGCCGAAGUGCUGCAUUUCCAGUCCAUGUGCUCUUGUCUCUGGUACAAAAGCCAGGAAAAGAUGCGCUACUCAAUUCCCAUGAUUAUCUCUCACGAUCUGUCCACUUCAGACACCUACAUGGAGCACAGCGGGACCUCCGAUGCCCUGCACUCCAACGGCUGCGUGUGCAGUGCCUUGCAGGAGCACUCGGCCACCAGUUCUGUGUACACGCGCCUGCUCAGCCCAGCGCAUUACCAAAGACUCUCCAAACGCCGCAGCUCCAUCUAGAGGGCUGGAGGAUGUAUUGCAUGUGAAUCUCUUUCGCCUUACGAAACCAACCACUGUUAUACUUGGGGUUGAAAAAACAGAAAACAAAAAAACGCUGCUUCUAAGCUGCUCAGAUCCUCUGUCAGUCGAAUAUGUGUAAUGUAGUGAUAGACGGGGCAGGGCAGCCUGUCAGCAGGUGCUGCUUGAGGACCGGAGGCGUAGCAGCGUGCAAUAAAAACAGGGUAAAGCCUGUAUUAUUUGAGUAUUACACUUUGAGGAUUUCGAGAAAAGACAAAACUCAAACCGCUAGCUCUUCACUGAACUCAAGGGUAAAUAGAAACAAAUGCAGGUCUUUCAAAACCAACAAGUCCUAAAGUGUCAGGCUCUUCUGGUUUUGAUUUGAAUAGAUAGUUCUUGUGAUGCAACCGGUUCUACAGUGAAUGCUUUUGCAUCUUUGCAGGAGUUCUCAUAGUAAUUAUACAUACAUACAUAUAUAUAUAUAUAUAUAUAUAUAUAUAUAUAUAUAUAUAUAUAUAUAUAUAUAUAUAUAUAUAUAUAUAUAUAUAUAUUAACAAUUAUUUCAUAUGAGAACUUUGCUAAUGAUUAGGAAAGACCUUAGUCAGGGAAGAGCCAUAUUUAAUUUCUGAUGGAACAGAGUGCUGCAGUGAUGACGUAUUUUUGUAGAUCAACCCGAAGCUUAGCUGGUUCUCCCAACAUUUUGUCUGUCAUGAUAAUCUUCACAAAUUAUCCAACUUUUAUGAAUUUUGAGGCCUAAAUACCAUCACCAGAAGUAAAUAGCUAAACAUAAACUAAACAAAUUAACUAAAUACUUUACGUUACCACCAAUAAGUGUCCGAUUCUUUAUUUUUAAAAAAAGAAUAAAAUCCUUGAAAGUUUGAAUCGAAAUUACGGAGCCCCGCACAUGGCAUGCAGGAAAAAAAUAGUAGGCGAAACUGUGUGCACAAUUUACUAUUUCAUUCCCUCGAUUUAUAAAUAGUGCGCACGGUUUACUAAUUCAUUCUCUAGAUUUGCUAAAUUGUACACAAGUUUUAUUUAUUUUUCUUGCAUGUCAUGUGCGGGGCUCCAUAUGAAACAGUUUGCAAGAGUUAUAAACGAUUAUAAACGCAACAUGGUUGUGAAUCAGUAACUUCUGCAGUACUUAAAGUUAAAAGAUGGGCGUUGUGAAAAGGUCCACAUAUCAAGGAUCUUUAUAAAGUUUGUGCUGUUGGAACUUGUUUUCAUCCAUGUAAAAUUCAGUAUGUCUCACCUGACUAAGGUCUAUUCACUUUCCGUUUUCUCAACUCUCAAACUCACAUUCACAAUGAGUUAUAUUGUUCCUCUAUCCACGUGUUCCCCUUUUCUGUAUUUAUAUCCACUAUUAUUUUAAUCAAUCACCAUUUUUGUCUGAAUAAUUAUAUGAUUAUAUAGGAUUAUAUUGUAUUUGCAGUUGCACUUUAGAUGAAAACUAUUAGCUUCAGGGCUGUAGCCAUGAGUGCACAGAUCAUCUCUUAAGAGCGACAUGAAACUUUCUUAAAAUACACUCCUGGUCUUAUAGUGCACCAUUCAUCAUGUUAAUCCAAAGGAAGAAAAUGUUUGUUUUUGUAAUCUUUGAUUAAAAUGUACUGUAUAUAAAUAAAAGCUUCUAUAAUAAUAAUAAUAAUAAUAAUAAACAAGCCAAGCCAAUUUUUCUAUAUUUAAACCAACAAACAUUCAAAUAUGGUUUUCGGCCAAUUUUGUUGGUAAUGUCUUUAUAAAAUCUUUGAAAAAGUUAUUGAGGGAAUUUAAUGCUGAUUAAUAAAUGUUACAGCAAUAACAGCAAUCUCUCAAUAGUUCGAAUGUGCUUACCCUGAGGCCAUUCAAGAUAAGUUUGUUUCUGAACAGAGUUAAAGAAAUGUAGCAUUGCAUUACUUGCUCACCAUUAGAGUGAUGGGGUGCCGUCAGGAUAAGAGUCCAAACAGCUGAUAAAAACAUCACAAUAGUCCAAAAGUUAUCCACACCACUUCGGUCCAUCGAUUAAUGUCAUCUAAAGCAAAAAAGUAAAUAAAUAAAUAAAAAACGGUUUCUAAAACAAAUCCAUCAUUAAGGCACUGUGAUAUAUUUGUUUUGGUUUGUUUUACCUAAAGACACAACUUUUCAAUUAACAAGAGAUUAUUUGAUGGACUGGAUUGGUGUGGAUUGCUUGUGGAUUAUUGUGAUGUUUUUAUCAGCUGUUUGGACUCUUGUUCUGACGGCACCCAUUCACUGCAGAGGAUCCAUUAGUGAGCAAGUGAUGUAAUGAUACUUUUGUGAUCAUCUAUAUAUUGGGUGGCCUGAGGGUGAAUAAAUUAUCAGCUAAUUUUCAUUUUGGGUCAAGUUUGAACACAGCCUUCAGUCUCCACAUCUCAAGCAAUUUUCAAUAGAUAAAAAUCCAUCCUGCGUAUGUUCUCAUUACAUAUGCUUUUAACUGGGAAAUACACCACAUUAUAGAAAAAAAAUUAUUUUAAAGUGU